AUUCCAAUAAUUGAAGGUAGAUCUGAUAUCAAUAGUAGACAAUGUCAACUACAACACCAAAGAGACAAAAGGUUGCGCUCAUCACCGGAGCUUCGUCUGGGAUCGGAUAUGCUACCUCCAUUGAGUUUGCCAAAAGGGGAUACAAGGUAUUCGCCGGAGCCAGAAGAUUGGAGCCUAUGGAGCCAUUGCGUGAACAUGGUGUGAUUACCUUCAAGUUGGAUGUGUCCUCAUUGGAAAGUGUCAAGAGUGCCAAGCAGUUUAUUAUUGAACAGACCGGAGAUCACUACCUUGAUGUACUUUUCAACAAUGCUGGCCAAUCGUGUACUUUCCCCGCUAUUGAUGUGACCGAUGAAUGGUUCAAACAGUGUUUUGAAGUCAAUGUGUUUGGUCCCAUGAGAUUGACUCGUGAGUUGAGUCCUUUGCUCAUCAAUGCUAAGGGUGCCAUUGGAUUCACUGGUUCUGUCAGCGGUGUUAUUCCAUUUCCAUUUUCCUCAACCUAUUCUUCCACCAAGGCAGCGAUUCACCAAUAUGCUGCAACUUUGAGAAUUGAAAUGAAGCCAUUCGGUGUCAAGGUGCUCAACUUCGUAACCGGUGGUGUUAACACGGACAUCCUGGAUAAAAGAGGCUUACCAAGCACUUCUUUGUUUUCCACUCCGGAUACGGCUGCUGCUUUGAAAGAAAGACAAGAAAUGGCCGUAAGAAACAACCCAAUGGAUCCGAAGGAGUACGCAAGACAAGUAGCCAACGAUUUCGAACUGGCCGUUGUUGGAGGCAAAUUGCACCUUUACAGGGGGACAAUGGCUAGGUUCUUAGGUUUCUACUGUUUAGGAAUUUUCCCCAGAUUUCUUGUUGAGACUGUUUUGAUAAGGCACUUUAAGUUGGUUAAGGUGUACGCAUACUUGAAGGAUAAGUACUCUAAAUCUAAACUCGAGUAG